AUGUUCUUGCUCAUCUAUGUUGAUGAUAUUAUUGUGGCAAGUUCAUCUAAUGAGGCAGUGGCAGGAUUGUUGAAAGAUCUAAGUGCUGAGUUUGCUCUCAAAGAUCUAGGAGAUCUACACUAUUUCUUGGGUAUUGAGGUAAAGAAAUCUAGUAAUGAUCUUCAUCUUACUCAGGAAAAAUAUGCAACUGGUCUUGUAAAGCGAGCUGGAUUGCAAGGAUGUAAACCAUCACCAACUCCAUUGUCCAGUUCUGACAAAUUGUCUCUCACUGAAGGAGAUCCCUUGAAUCAAGAGGAUAGCACCAACUACAGAAGCUUGGUAGGUGCACUUCAGUACUUGACUCUCACGAGACCCGAUAUUUCAUUUGCUGUUAACAAAGUAUGUCAGUUUCUUCAUGCACCCACCACAGCUCAUUGGACUGCUGCUAAACGAAUUGUCAGAUAUGUCAAGAACACUUUGAACACUGGUCUCACUUUUAGCAAGUCAUCCUCUAAACUUGUUAGUGCUUUUACUGAUUCUGAUUGGGCAGGAUGCUUAGAUGACAGAUGCUCAACAGGUGGUUUUGCAGUGUUCUAUGGACCAAAUCUCAUCUCAUGGUGUGCAAAGAAACAAGCUACUGUUUCUAGGUCAAGUACAGAGGCAGAGUAUAAAGCACUUGCAAAUGCAACCGCAGAAAUUAUUUGGGUUCAGUCCUUACUAAAGGAACUUGGUAUAAAAUGCAUUCAAGCUCCAUGUCUGUGGUGUGACAAUCUUGGUGCUACAUACUUGUCAGCUAACCCUGUUUUUCAUGCUAGAACAAAGCACAUUGAAAUUGAUUUCCACUUUGUCAGAGAAAGAGUUGCUAACAAGCAACUGGACAUUCGGUUCAUUCAUUCCAAAGAUCAAGUUGCAGAUGGGUUUACAAAAGCAUUGCCCACAAAAGCUUUUGAAGAAUUCAAGCGUAAUCUCAACAUGUCCAAGUUGUGA